UCUUUCCACGUCCCCUCCCGCUCCAAUUCUUCUCUGAGAGAAGUUUCAGAUAUAAGAAGGCCAAACCCACCUUUCACCUGCUGUCAGGCUAGCUCUCACACAGUUCAUCAUCAUCAAUAUUAAUUCUUUCGGAGAUCUCAAUUAACCCAAAACCCGCCUUCUUCUUCUUCUUCAACAUCGAUCUCCAUUAAUAUUACUAGCUUGUUAGUUUGAUUAAGUGUAGCUGAAAACUGAAGAGAAGAUAUGUCAAAGGUACAUCCAACAGUAGCUAAUCAUCAUCAGAAUAGAUGUAGCAGUAGUACUAGUGCCACAGAAGAAGAGCUUGUCAAUGUUUCUGCUCCAUCCGUGUUUACUGUGUGGAAGAAGUCAAGCAUGACUUUCCAGGGCACAGAUGGGUUUACGGUGUUCAAUCACGAGGGAAAGUUGGCUUUCCGAGUCGAUAACUACUCAAGGAAGACAUGUCCCAAGGGAGGCCUUCUUCUCAUGGACGGAGCUGGGAGACCCCUACUAACUUUGAAGCCCCAGAUUCUAAACCUGCAACAUAAAUGGAAGGGAUACAAAGGGGAAGGUUGCUAUAAUAAAAGUCCAGUGUUCUGCAUGAGACGGCGAUCGAUUUUUCCCGGCAACGGCGAAACUGAAGCCUUCAUGGGAGUCCCCAGGAAGCGAUAUGCAAAGACGUCGACUAAUCCGGAUUUUCAGAUUGAGGGUUCCUUUAGGAAACGACAUUGUAAGAUCAUAGGCCACAAUGGCACGGUGGCAGCAGAGAUAUCCAGGAAGAAAGUAAACAACACAACAAUUUUGUUAAGUGAUGACGUAUUUAAUCUCGUUGUACAACCAGGGUUCGACUGCGAGCUGGUCAUGGCUUUUGUGGUUAUCAUGGAUCGUAUCUGCCCCAAGCUUUUCACUCCCAUCUUGUGUUUCUAAUAAUCCAUCUGUGAGAGAGAGAGAGAGAAGUUUUCGCAUAUGGUGGCAGUAUUUUCUUUAAACAGAUCACCCAGUGUUAAGAAAAUGCUGCAACCAUAGAUGCAGGUUGCAGCAAGCAGAGAGAGAUAGAGAGAGAUUUACGUUUUCCUGCUGGUAACAAAUAGUACUGCUACACGCAUUGGAGACCUUUGACUUUUUUAACCUUAAUUAUAUUUUAUGGCCUAUGUAAAGAUUGCCAAGGAUGUAAAGGGUAAUAUAUUGUUUGGGAUCCACCAUCCACUAUACAUCUUAAAGCAUUCUCUGGAUUUUUUUUUUUUUGCUUUAUUUGGGAAACUAAGUUUGGGUUGAUUUGUGAUUUAUAACACAUUAUAAAUCACUGCAUGUGCUUAAUUAUUUUGUUUGGCAUAUAAUGGUAAGUCUUAGAAGCCUUUGGGCUUGGGGCUACAUGAACCAUUAAUCCAAUCCUAAGGAUCUGGCAUUAAUCUUAGGGGGCGUUUGGUCAUUAGUGACAAGUAAGUUUUCUGUUGAUACUUGA